AUGUCUUCCAGCCCCGACCAAGUCCCCAAAGAUCAACCGCUGUGCCACGAAAACCUAUCGGUCCUUGCAAAAUCGCUUUGUGAUAGAAUCAGGAAUGAUAUUCUUCGUAAUGGCCGCUACGGCUACCUUGACCUUCACUCCAUUCCCGCUGGGGUUGGGUAUCCACUGGCGAAAAGACUCUGCGACAGCCACGCUGAAAUCACAACUUAUAACUCUCUGAACUGCAUGUUCUCUCUCAAGAGCCCUGGAUGGGUUCACAAGGCUGCUUACUCCUGGCUGCUCAAUGAGCACCAUAAGGCUCGUGAUAAUGGCUUCCUCACGGAAUCUGAGAACAUGGAGAACCCCUUGUUUGAUCGCCCCACUUUUGAUGGUUUUCCUGCCCCCUACGAAAAGACAUACAAGCGGUCCGACUGCUGCAUCAGGCCAUCAAGUGGAGGGACCAUGCCCAGCAUUGUCAUGGAAACUGGAGGAUUUGGAACUUCUUACGAAUGCCUCCUUAGCGACAAAAACCUAUGA